AUGGCUUUCCUGGACAACCCAACAAUUAUACUUGCUCAUAUUCGGCAGUCACAUGUGACCAGUGAUGACACAGGGAUGUGUGAAAUGGUCCUGAUAGAUCAUGAUGUUGACCUGGAGAAGUUUAAUCCCUCGUCAGCAUAUGGGGACAGUGGUUCAGAAACACAGGGAAGCAAUGGUGAGACUCAGGGCUAUGUAUAUUCCCAAUCAGUCGAUAUUACCUCAAGCUGGGACUUUGGAAUCAGAAGACGAUCAAACACAGCUCAGAGACUAGAACGGCUGCGGAAGGAGAGACAAAAUCAAAUAAAAUGCAAAAAUAUUCAGUGGAAAGACAGAAAUACUUCUUACUCAGCGGAGGAGCUGAGCUCGCUAUUUGAGAAAAAGAAUUUCAGAGUAAAAUCUCCGUGUUCUGGGAAGCAGUCAAUCCUGUCUGUGCGGCUUGAGCAGUGUCCACUGCAGCUGAAUAACCCCUUCAAUGAGUACUCCAAAUUCGAUGGCAAGGGUCAUGUUGGUACAACGGCAACCAAAAAAAUUGAUGUCUACCUCCCACUGCACACAAGCCAAGACAAACUACAGCCCAUGACCGUUGUGACGAUAGCAAAUGCCAAGGUGCAUGACCUGAUUGGACUAAUAUGCUGGCAAUAUACAAGUGAGGGACGGGAACCAAAACUGAACGACAAUGUCAAUGCCUACUGUCUCCAUAUUGCUGAGGAUGAUGGGGAAGUUGACACAGAUUUUCCACCCUUGGAUUCCAACGAGCCCAUUCACAAGUUUGGCUUCAGCACUCUGGCACUGGUUGAAAAGUACUCUUCCCCUGGCCUGGCAGCCAAACAGUCGCUCUUUGUCCGCAUAAAUGCUGCUCAUGGAUUCUCACUUAUUCAGGUGGACAGUAUGAAGGUCACCAUGAAGGAUAUCUUACAAAAGGCCUUAAAGAGAAGGAAGGGAUCACAGAGAGGCUCAGGUCCUCAGUAUCGGCUGGAGAAGCAGAGUGAACCUAAUGUCCCAGUAGAUUUAGACUGUACCUUGGAGAGCCAGAGCACUUUGGAAUUCUGCCUUGUCCGGGAGAACAGUUCAAGAGGAGAAGAGGUCUCAGAGGAGGACCCUCAGAUCGAUAUAGCUACCGUUCAGGACAUGCUCAGUAGCCACCAUUACAAGUCCUUCAAAGUCAGCAUGAUCCAUAGGCUUCGAUUCACCACUGAUGUUCAGUUAGGUAUUUCUGGAGACAAGGUAGAGAUAGACCCUGUUACUAAUCAGAAGGCCAGCACUAAGUUUUGGAUUAAGCAGAAACCCAUUUCAAUCGAUUCUGAACUCCUCUGUGCCUGUGACCUUGCGGAAGAAAAAAGCCCAAGUCAUGCAAUAUUUAAACUUACAUAUCUAAGCAAUCAUGACUACAAACACCUUUACUUUGAAUCAGAUGCUGCUACUGUCAAUGAAAUUGUACUGAAGGUUAACUAUAUUCUAGAGUCACGAGCAAGCACAGCCAGAGCAGAUUAUUUUGCUCAGAAACAAAGAAAACUGAGCAGGAGAACAAGCUUUAGCUUCCAGAAAGAGAAGAAAUUGGGACAGCAGUAACACCUAGCCUCGAGGAGAGCCUGUCUGCCGAAUUCGGAGGAAGAGAGCUCCCCACCGCCCGAGACAGGUGGG